AUGGGCUUCAAGCUCCAUGCCGAUGGCACCUCCGAUCCGCCUCAGGUUCGCAACUGGCGCGUGCAUUUGAUGGCCUUGAUUGUGUCCAUGGGCAGUCUGGCCAUGGGCUACGACACCGCCGUCAUCGGCGGCACCAUGGCCCUCGACUCCUUCAAGCGUGACUUUGGCCUCAAUGGCCGCUCCCAGUUUGAGCGUGACACGCUCCAGGGCAACAUCGUCUCAACCUUCCAGGCCGGCACCUUCUUUGGCGCUCUCCUCACCUUUCCCCUCGGCGAACGCUACGGUCGGAAGAAUGCCAUCAUCGGCGCAAUUCUCACCUUUCUGGUCGGCGGCACAAUCAUGACUGCCUCCCACGGUCAACUCGCCAUGAUCUACGCCGGACGUGCCAUCGCCGGCUUCGGCAUCGGCUCCGUCUCUCUCCUCGUCCCCGUCUACAUUGCAGAGACAUCGCCUCCCAGCAUUCGCGGUCGACUUGUGGGCAUCUUCGAGAUCUUGUCGCAGGGCGGCGGCAUGCUUGGCUUCUGGAUCAACUACAUUGUCGCACGCACAAUCUCCAGCUCCGGCCGCACCCAAUGGAUCGUGCCCCUCGCCCUGCAGCUCGUCCCCGGCGUGCUUCUCCUCGCUGGCAUCUUCUGGUGUCCCGAGAGUCCGCGCUGGUACGUGAAGCAGGACCGCUGGGAGGAGGCCGCCGCCACCCUCAGCUGGAUCCGCAAGCUGCCUGCCGACCACGACUACAUCCGCGGCGAGCUCGAGGAGAUUCGUCUGCAGACCCUCGUCGGCCGCCCGCCCCCGGGCGUCAAGCACAGCAAGACAUACUACGCCAAACGCAUCCUCCAGAAAGGCACCCGCAACCGCAUCGGCAUCGGUCUCCUCCUCAUGGCAUGUCAGAACCUGACUGGCGUCAACAUCAUCACCUACUAUUCGCCCCGCAUCUUCGAAACCCUCGGCAUCACCGGCACCGAAACAAAGCUCUUCGCCACGGGCUUCUACGGCGUCGCAAAGACCCUCGGCAUGAUCAUCUUCAGCGUCUACCUCGUCGAGCGCAUCGGCCGCAAGAACGGCCUCAUCUACGGCGCCUUCAUCGGCUCGCUGCCCAUGUGGUAUCUUGGCGGCUACGUCUUCAAGAACGACCCGGCUCGGGCUGCCGCCCGCGGCGAUGUCUCGAGGGACGGCUGGGGCUAUCUCGCCAUGGUGUGUGUCUAUCUGUACGGGCUGAUCUACUGCGCGACCUGGCAGGGCAUCACCUGGGUCUACUGCAGCGAGAUCUUCCCCGUCGACAUCCGACUGCUCUGUGUCGCGCUGACAACAGCCGACCAGUGGCUCUGGUCCUUCAUCAUCUCCCGCACCACCCCCUACAUGAUCACCUCCCUCGGCUACGGCACCUACAUGUUCUUCGCCAGCCUGAUGGUCCUCAUGGGCUUCUGGGCCUGGUUCUUCGUGCCCGAGACCAAGGGCAAGACGCUUGAGGAUAUGGAGGUCAUCUUUGGCGCCCGCGAUGCCAGCUGCCAUCUCGAUGAUGCCGACGAUGUCGAGGGUGCCAAGCAGGGCAAGGGCGGCGUGCUGUACAUCGAAAAGGCUGUGUCGCCGGGGCCUGUUGGGCGGGUCUUGAGUGCCUGA